CUUGCGUCCGCAGUCGGGAGCCAAGGAGACCUCAACGCUCUGCGAGGCUGCCGACGCCCGCCCCGGGCAGAGGCCUGAGCUUAAUCUCGCAGCUCUAGCCAGAAAGGGUCAAUUUCAUAGUUUUCCCCAAACCUCUUGGAGCAGGGACCGGCCUGGCCCUCGACGAGUGACAGAACCAUCGUCUCCAAGCAGCAGAUUCCCUUGAGCCUGUGCUGCGCGCUCUGCAGGAUGAACCCACUGUUGAAUACCAUUAAAUGCGUCGUGGUGGGCGACGGGGCGGUGGGGAAGACGUGUCUGCUGAUCUCGUACACUACCAACAAGUUCCCGUCGGAGUACGCGCCCACCGUCUUUGACAGCUACGCCGUCACGGUGCUGAUCGGCUCCGAGCCGCACACCCUGGGGCUGUUUGACACCGCGGGCCAGGAAGAUUACGACCGCCUGCGGCCGCUCAGCUAUCCCCAGACCGACGUGUUCCUCGUCUGCUUUUCAGUGGUGAGGCCGAGCUCUUUUGAAAAUGUGAAACAGAAAUGGGUCCCGGAGAUUACUCACCACUGUCCGAAGGCUCCGUUCUUGCUGGUCGGGACCCAGACAGAUCUGAGGGACGAGCCUUUUACUCUGGCCAAACUGGCCAGAAACAAACAGAAGCCCAUCACCCCUGAGAUGGCGGAGAAGAUGACCCGAGACUUGAACGCCGCCAGAUACGUGGAGUGUUCAGCGCUCACUCAGAAGGGCCUGAAGAAUGUGUUUGAUGAAGCCAUCUUGGCUGCCCUGGAGCCUCCGCAGCCGAGGAAGAACCGCAGGUGUGUGGUGCUCUGAGCAUCCCUCCGGGCCGGCGCUCUGAGCAUCCCUCCGGGCCGGCGCUGUGCUGCUGGCUGCUGGCUGCGGCGCCUGUAAAACUAAAUCAAACCGAAGAAAAAUUAAAAGUUGGUUCUUUUGCAAUAAUGAUAAAUAUUCUGUGUGUCCCCCCACGCUCCCGGUGCGAGAUAAGGCCCCCCAGAGCUCCGCGAUUCCCUCCCGACUCUGCUAAUUUUGAGUAACAACGUUUUGUCGGA